AUGCCUGACCGCCGUCUGUCGCAGCUGCUUAAGGCAAAACUUCUGUGGCGAACGUCGACUUCUCCCACGCCCACCACCACCACUACUAAUACUACGACGACUAAAACUACCGCUCAUCCUCCUCCUACAACCUCGCCGUCUCCAAGCCCCAGGCAGAAGCAUAAACCGGUUCAUCUGAAAAGAAAGGCCGCCGCAACGGACCCGCGCGUCGACCCCAACCCAGCCAAUUCCACCUCCGAUCUUUCUUGUUCUCUGCCGCCACAUCUCUUGACCCCCGACGAACCGGACGCUGACGCCAAACGUCGCGCCUAUAGCGUUGUUUCUUCCCUUCCUCUUGACCCUCCCAGUUCCCCCGAAGAGAUUGCCGGCCCGGCCACUGGGUCGUCCACGGGUCGCGAGCAAUACUUCACCACCCACUUUGAUCGACACCACAAGGAACCACACGACGAUCCGAUCCAGCAGAGUCCGACGGUCGCAAGGACAGUUUCUCGAAAACCGAUAGAGGCGAGGAAGGAUAAAACAAAAUCGCAAGCCCAGUCGCAACACAAGAAGAAGGAGCCGGGCGGGGAGGAAGUGAACAAAAAAGAAAAAGAAAAGGAGGAAGCGAAGAUAAACGACGACCGUGUCCGGAACGACCCCGAUUUUCUGCCACCCAACUUGACCCCGAAAUCCAAUCUUGCCUCCUCCCCACCACCGACUUCCGCCGGCGACGACUUGCUGCUACUACCUUCGCCUUCCGCAACCCCUCUUCCUCCCUCAACCACGUCCGUUGGGCCUGUUGGCGCCGUCUCGCUCCAGCCAACUUAUCGACCCGCCUGGGAACGUCCCAGCGCGACCCCGUUUGACUCCCAGUUGACUCCGUCCUUGGAUGCCGUCGCGGAGAAUAUUGCUGGAGAAGCCGCCCAUCAAUAUUUCCCUUCUUCUCCCUCGUCGCCCAUCCCGAAACGACCCAGUAUCGGAGUUCGUCGGCAGUCGCUUCUGCCAGCCUCCCAUCAGCACUUGAUCAGUGGCCUCCUGGGUUUGGGAUCCUCGCAGACCGGCGCUCCAAGCAACGGUCGCAUCGCCACGGUCAGCAACGAAAUGCUUCCGCGCAAGAUCUGGGUCAAGCGCCCAGGUGGCUCAGCCACCUUGGUCCCGACACUGGACGAUUCGUUGGUCGAUGAGCUCCGUGAUCAGGUUAUCAUGAAGUACUCCAACUCGCUGGGCAAAACCUUCGACUCGCCCGAUAUUGUGAUUCGCAUUGCUCCGCGAGAAGGCUCAAAUCGACAGUCGACCCCUGAGCGGGUUCUGAGUCCUGAAGAACCACUAGGCGUGGUGAUUGAUAGCUAUUACCCUGGCGGUCAAUCAGUGGACGAAGCCUUGAUCAUCGACAUCCCUCAACGUCGCACCCCGAAGCCUUCGCCUCGCCACAACGUGUACUACCAUCAUUCGGAACCUGGGGAACAUGGCGAGUACUUUCCGCUAAUGCCUGCAAAUCCGGGUGUCCCAACGCCUCCGGGUCAUGGAUCGGCUUCUUCCAGCGUGAAUACUCACACAGCACCAGCCAUCUCAAUUCUCACCACGGGGAUGGCGCCACCGCUUCCUUCACCAGGCAGUCGAGGAAAUCGGCAUUCCCGCCGUCCUCCGCUCACUCGGCAUACUACGAACUCACCCACAAUGCUCGGUACUCCGCCCAAUCCGAAAGACUCCGUGAUACCCGCAGGCCCUCAACCACCUCCGACAGCCCCGUCGAUUCCCACGCCGCCUGUCCCUCCACCUGAAUCACCGCAAAGCAAGUCACACACCCCUCCCGCACGUGUUGCCUCGCCUCGUCCGCGUCCGUCUGCAAAGUCGAAAAAGUCGAAAAAGGGCAGUGUUUCACAGUCGCUGAAUGCUGCUUUUGGUGGGCUGAUCGAGGGUACCGUCCCUCCGAUUAACGUUCUCAUUGUCGAAGAUAACAUCAUCAACCAAAAGCUCUUGGAAGCGUUCAUGAAGCGUCUUAGUGUUCGAUGGAAAUGCGCCGCAAACGGCGAGGAGGCGGUAAAAAAAUGGCGUCAGGGUGGUUUCCACCUGGUUCUGAUGGAUAUUCAACUGCCCGUCAUGAACGGUUUGGAUGCGACGAAGGAGAUCAGGAGAUUGGAGCGCCUGAACAGCAUCGGUGUCUUUCCUAAGACCGCCUCUGGACGAUCAAGCGCCAGCUCUCUCACUGCGGAAACCUACCAAGCUUCCGAAGGUACUCUCAAGGAGGAGGAUGUACUGCACGACCUAUCGCUGUUCAAGAGUCCCGUCAUCAUCGUCGCUCUCACCGCCAGCAGUCUGCAAAGUGAUCGUCACGAGGCAUUGGCUGCCGGCUGCAAUGACUUUUUGACCAAGCCCGUCGGAUUUCCCUGGUUGGAACAAAAGGUGACGGAAUGGGGCUGUAUGCAGGCCCUAAUCGACUUUGAAGGCUGGCGCAAGUGGCGAGGCUUCGCAGAUGAACCCCAAUCAUCAUCGCCGCCGAUUGAUAGUCACACGAGCCCCUUACAUAUCGGUGCCAACGGCGUGUCGCGCAAGACAUCGACCGCCUCGUCAGCGACCAGUCCAACGACGCGAAAGAUCGAUGCCGGGCCGGGCGAAAUCAAACGGAAACCUCUCCUCCCAGAACUCGCCAAACCUGCAGACCUUCUUCCGGAGGAGCCUUCAGGCAGCGGCAGUGGGGAAAGCAACGAGACACUGGACUCACCCGCCAGUCCGCUGGCCCUCCCUGUCGGGGACGCGGGCGAGCCAUCAGGCGAUAUUGGUCCUCACGUUCCUCUGAACGCAUCGUAG